AUGGCAGCCUCUGGCAAGACUUUCAUUGUCGAGCAUCUCGACCCGGAGCUCGGUCCCUGGUCAGAGCUCGAAUACCUUGCCAUUGCUCGUGAGACACAGGCUACUCAGGGCUCUUUCAUCCUCUCCAGUUUGCCUCCCAGGUUCCAGGUUCCAACAGACCUGGCCAGCAACCCCGCCUUCACUGCUGAGCAGCGUGGUGUUGAGGAGCUUUACGCUGCCAACAAGUCCAAGGUUUGCCUGCUUGAUCCUUCCGCCGCCAAGGACCUGUCUCCUGAGGACGGCGAGACCUUCGAUGCCUUUCUGUUCGGAGGUAUUCUUGGCGAUGAUCCCCCUCGAGACCGUACUUCGGAGCUCCGAAAGAAGGGCUUUGAGGGUCGUAGACUUGGUCCCAAGCAGAUGACUACAGACACAGCUGUCCGCGUUACUCGUAUUGUUGUUCAAGACAAGGUGUCUCUCGACAAGGUCCCCUAUUUGGACUUCCCCGAGCUCAAGUUCAACGAGCACGAGAGCACCGAGAUGCCCUUCCGUUACGUGAAGGAUGAAGAGGGCAAGCCCAUCAUGCCCAAGGGUAUGGUCGAAUUGAUCCAAAAAGAUGCCGAUAAGGCUGUCAAUGAUCUCUUCUAA